ACAUGUCUUAUUCUGUGAGAGAUUGAGAUUCCAGACCCUUCACAUAUGUCUUAUUCUUUGCUUGGCCUUAGUUUUGUAUUGCCUUUAGAAGAAAAGAACAUAUAAUCAUCUGCCAAACAAUACAUUGAAAACCACCUUGUAUUUCUGGCUGUUGAAAACGAGAUCCAAUGCCAUUUUCCCUCAGCGUGAAAGAUAACAGCAGGGUUUGGAAUAUUUACUCAUUUUUGUUCUCUGGGAAUGGAGUCUUUGACACUUCCCUCAAGUAGUUCCACACAUUCUUGCUUGCUAUUUUUGGCUUUCUGGUCUAAUGUUUCAUCUAUACAAGUCAUAAUGGUUUACUGCAUUUUAGGUGCUAUAAGCCCUUUGUUCUUCACGGGAUAUGUUAAACUUGAUGACCAGAAGAAACUUGAAUGGAACAACAGAGGAUUUUCCACUUUCCAUGCGCUCCUUGUAGCAGCUGCUUCUUUAUAUCUCUUGCUUGAAUCAGACCUUUUCCGUGAUGGUGCUCAGGAUGAGUUAAUGAUAAAUAAAACAUCAGCUUUUUCAGACACCAUACUCGGGAUCUCCACUGGCUACUUUCUGGCAGACUUGGCAAUGAUUUUCUAUUACUUCCCAGCCUUGGGCGGAACAGAGUAUGUCUUACAUCACGGACUUUCAAUGUUUGCAAUUGUUCAAUCCCUUCUAAGUGGUCAAGCACAAAUAUAUAUAUUUAUGGUACUCUUUACUGAGAGUACGACUCCCUUUGUUAAUUUAAGAUGGUACCUGGAUGUUGCUGGUCAAAAGAACUCUCAGCUCUAUGUCUGCAAUGGAGUAGCUUUAUUUCUUGGGUGGCUGGUUGCAAGAAUUUUCUUGUUUCUAUUCUUUUUCUAUCACAUGCUUAGCCAUUUUGAUCAGAUCAAGAAAGUUUAUCCAUUGGGAUUCUAUAGCUUGUUAACUGUACCUCCUGUUUUGGCACUGCUGAAUAUCGUCUGGUUUUGGAAAAUCGCAAAAGGUUUGAUUAAGACUUUGAGAAAGGCAAGACACAGCCAGUAGCACACAACUACUACUACUACUCUUUUGGAGCUUGUGCAGGUACUUGUGUGCUGCCAGGGUUAUGAUUUAUGAAAUUAACCUCUAUGUACAUCAAGUACAGCUGUUUUCCAAUCCCUACUUCUUCAUUGAGUUACUGAGCCAACAAAACAAGUGAAAGAAGUGAUUGUAAACUAACAAUUUUACAGUAUCUUUGUCAGAAAUUGCUAAUCAUAAACGUGACAUCUCUUUCAUUAA